GGACUUUUUCUACUUGAACAGCUUCAAAAGUAUCCUUAAAUUAUAUCAGUCGAUUCAGCUUGAAAUUCUGUGUCGAUUGGUGUGCUUUUAUGAAUAUUUCCGUACUGCCAGAAUAAAAAAACGAAUUGAUACUCGAUUUUGGAGGAUUUUGAAAAAAGUCAAUAAUUUUAACUUUUUGCUUGAACCGAAACUUUCUGUGCGCCCCGAUCUCCGUAUUCGUGUUUAUUCAAAAACUCGUUUCAUUGCAAGAAGUUAUGUCACAACAUAGAAGUCUUACUACAGUAAGAAUAUUCAUAUAUCAAGUCGUACAUGUUACUCGAUAAACAUGUGGUUCUCAAUGAAAAAACAAUGUCGUAUUUCAAUGCACCAUUUUGAUCUUCUAAAAAUUAUAUCUUCUUGAGAAAAUAGAUUCUUUUUUGUGCGAAAAAUCUUAAUUUUUUUCUAUUAAAAUUAAAAAGUAAUUUUAUGAUCCUCAAUAACGGAGAGAAAGUAUCUCUAAAGAUACUUUGCCUUCAUUAGUGGCAACACAACUAAAACAUCUAUUUUGAACGUUAAUAAUAUAUUAUUAAUAUACAUAUUACGGAUAAAUUAACAUCAGUUCGAAUGACACAUACCCUUUCUUUUAAUCAGGAUCAUUUAUCGCCACCAUUGGCAUCCUCUUAUCUCUGCCAUAAAUGUGGACGUCAAUUUUCUAUUGAUGAUAACUCUGGUGGUGGUUGCACGCAUACCGGUACAUGGCAUGCAAAAGUCAGUGAUUGUUCCUAUUUGAUAUGUGGUAUUAAUUUGGGUAAGCAACUAUCGAUUGGUAAACAACAUUGGUCAUGCUGUUAUUCGCUCGAUCGUAAUUCGAAUAUUUGUACCCAAAGUAAACCUCAUUCAUUUAUUAAAUAG